AAGUAGCUUCAGCACCCACUUUCCUCACUCUGUUUCAGCAGUUGUCAGAAGUCUAUAUCUUCGCCAUUGACUGAGCAAUCUCUUCCAGAAUUAUGAUGGACGAUCAGGACCUGGGCUUCUUUGCCAAUUUUCUUGGCAUCUUCAUAUUUGUAUUGGUAAUAGCAUAUCAUUAUGUGAUGGCCGACCCAAAAUACGAAGGCAACUAAGGAUCUGUUUCCUUUUUUAUGUAUUUGCAAUAGAGAGAUGCAUUUUUCUUGCGACUAAUGGAGAUACCCUGUUAAUUUUGUAGCCUGAGCUGUUUCACAAUGGAUUCAACUUGAAUUAGUUAAGAGCUUUGUUAUGCAAUGUGAAUGUUUGUUGUUA